UGAGAACAGUCAGCAUAUCUUUCUACUGUAUGUAUACUAUUACUCCGCAGAACACAGUGUCACUUCACUAAAAUCUCAAGAGGAUAUCAGAUAAGCAACUGAAAUCUCUUCAAAGAAUGGAUGCCUUGGGAAUCGUGCUCUCACCUCCCCCCUUCUCUUCUUCUCGUUACAGUCAAGAAAUCUCCUCAAGACAUUGCUGUAGCUUCACUUCUUCACUCUCUUGUUCUCUGAAAUUUGCAGCCCCCAUUCAUAGUUUGAGGGCUGUUAGAAUGCAAGGAGAUGGUGAAGAUUUUGAGCUGAAGCAGGCUAAAGAUAUGGCUGCUGCUAGAAAAAGAUGGGAAGCUUUGGUCAGGGAGGGGAAAGUGAAGCCUCUUACCCCAAAGGAAGCUGGCUAUGCAGUUCAACUUUCCAACACAACCCUUCUUGAUGUUCGUCCAGCUACAGAACAUCAAAAGGCUUGGGUUAAAGGCUCAACUUGGAUUCCAGUCUUUGAUGUUGAGAGUACAUUUAAUGCGGGAACUCUGCCCAAGAAGGUCACAAAUUUCAUGAUGGGAGGUUGGUGGAGUGGUGUGCCUACAUUAUCUUAUAACACUCAGUUUUUAUCAGAAGCUGAAAGUAAGUUCUCAAAGGAUAAAGAUCUUAUUUUGGCAUGCCAGAAAGGAUUGAGAUCUCUAGCGGCUUGUGAGAUAUUGUACAAUGCCGGUUACAGAAACCUUUUCUGGGUUCAGGGGGGACUAGAGGCUGCUGAAGAAGAGGAUCUUGAAAGGGAAGGUCCACAGCCGUUCAAGUUUGCGGGCAUUGGUGGGCUUUCAGAGUUUCUUGGUUGGACUGACCAGCAAAGAGCAGCUGCUGCCAAGGAGGGUUGGGCCUACCGUUUAGUUUUCUCAGUUCGCUUGGUUGCAAUCUUCAUUGCCGCUGAUGCCCUGUUUAUAGGGGCUCAACAAGCUGCUCGUUAUCUCCAGGAUAUAAGAUCUCAGUGAGUAUCAUCAUUCCCCUAAAAGUUACUUGAAAGAAAAGAACCGGCUUCAGUGUUGCCACCUUAUUGACACCUGAGACGUGCUUAGCUUUCUAACCUGGUUAGUGGAUUAUCAACUUAUUAAAGCUAUUAUGUACAUAUAUCCCUCUGAUUCAACCCUUCAUGGAUCACUUUUGUAAUAUUCUAGUUGAGUUGUAAAUUUGCAUGAAUUCAUGGCAAGUGCUGUCCUCAUCAAUUUUGUUAAAUCGUUAGUGGUUUGUUAAAUCGUUA